CACUCGCAACGCCGGAAUCCCAAAGCGCUAGGAGCCCGAGCCCGCGAGCCGCUCUGAGCGGCGGUGCUGACCCCGCCUUCUAUCAGAACUCCGAGUCGGGACCGGACGGCGCGGCCGGGUCCCCGGGCCUCGUCGGAAUAUGACCCUCGGAGCUCCGAGGUGACCCCUCUCUGCGCGGCCGGCCUUGAUCGGCUUCUCAGCAUCCCGGCCCUGGCCCUGGCUCGGGAGAGGAUCAUGAUGCUGGGAGCUAGCUGUGAUGGAGCCACCUCAGAGGUUUCUAAGCCUGAAAAAGAUGUCGAGCCAGAUGCAGAGCCGCUAACACAGCUGGCUCUAGGAUCCGGACCACAGAGCAGUGCCGGCCAAGUGCAACGAACAGGCUCUCGAAUCCGAGACCCGGGCGCUGAGGAGAGCUCCUUGGGCAGGUCACGGGUCUGGCCUGGCGCCCCGGGGGGAUGGCGACGGAGUGCGCAGCGUGUGAGAAGAGGCGAGUCCUUUGAACCGAGAGCCCCGUUGGAAAGCAACCCCCACCGCCAACAAUGGCCUCGGUUGCAGAUCGCGAGGGAGUCGGUACAUGGGAUCGACGCCGGAGAGACGGCGCCCCCGGAGCGCGGCGAGAGGGUGGCCCGGCUGCUAGAGCACUUCUGUUCGCAGCUGGUAAGAGACAGCACUCGGGGGAUCAGAGUGGCACGACUCAGCAGGGACGAUCAGCUGGGGCCCCGGAAGCUGAAGAAAUUCCGCCUAAUUACCAAGCAGAACAAAGGAGGUCGGAGGGCCAGGCCUCUUCUCAAGGGGCCUCCGGGCUUUGUCCCCUCUCCUGCAGUCAGUCACCGCCUUUCUUUCGCUGCCCGCUCUGCCCAGUGGAGGCGCCCAUGACCCCUGCUCUGGGAAUCCCAGUCCUUACCCAGGCCCUUUUGCCCAGGGAAAAUCAAACAGCUUCCACUUCCAAUCUUUAAACCCUCGAUCCUUACUCUGGGAGGCUGGAGCCCAGGCGUCCAGGCUUCGUGACCCUGCCUCCCCUACGUGGAUCCCGCCUCGGUCCAGGGACUGAAGCAUUCUAAUCUGAGCCUUUGUCCUUAAUCUCCGCCUCCCCCAUCCUACCGCGAUCAGGGGCCUAUCAAGAUCAGCUUCCCCUGCUUCCGCUGUUGAGGCCCACAUCCCCAGUUCCCCGACUGCUCCACGUCAAUCCCUGCUGUCCUCGGGGAUCCAGGUAUUCGGAGGCCUUGCCCCUGGUUUCUCCUUGCUCUCACAUACCUUACCCCACCCGGCCUCGCACCGUCGGCCCUCCCCAGGGACCCAGAUGGGAGCCCGUGGGUGUGACUGUGGAAGUGAAGAAGCCAAGAGGCGCCAGGCUCUCAGCCCUCCCGCCGCUCAGAGCCGUGCUCGCUUGUGCCCCACGCAGGGCAUCCUUUUGGUCCAAUUCAACUCGUCGGCGCUGCUAGGCCUCCGGCGUCUUCUCGAAGCUGCCCCGGAAGGCCGUAUGGGAGGCUGGUGGUGACCUGGCACGUCUCCUGAUGUCGCCCUCCUUGCAGCGCGACGGGAGGAACCAUCCCAGGAGUGGCCGCCCUACUGGCCGAGUGAGAGUAACCUGCGCCUCCUGGCGGCCAAGGGCCUGGAGUGGCGCGUGGACAGCCGCGCGCGCCCGCGCGGUGCUCACGCUGUGCACGCGCCCUCCCGCAUCCCGCACCGCGGCGACAGCCUGUGGCGCUACCUCCGCGUCGACGCCUUCAGCAGCGACGGUGCGCAGAGGCAGAGCCAGCUUCUGUAGCAUCUGCAGCGCCAGAGCCCAUUUCAGCCUCAACGUCGUGUGCCAACUCUUCCCGGCGCCCCAGUUGUGGUCUCAGGUGGCUGACUUCCACCAGGCUGGCUGGGGGCUCGCGCUGGUCAAGGGUUAUACUGAACAGUAGUUGCUGGAGGCCGACAACUAAGGCUUUCUCCAGUAGAGUCGGAGAGGAGAGAAAAUGCACUUUAGACCCACCUCCUUCCUCGGAUACCCGCCCCCCGCCCCCAGCCCUGCCCCUACUGUUUUCAUGUUCCGCCCCUUCCCCCUGCUCUUGGUCCUCAGUCUGUUGUUCCGUCGCUCAGUGGUGUCCGAUUCUUUGCGACCCCAUGGACUGCAGCUCGCUAGGCUUCCCUGUCCAUCACCAUCUCCCCAAGCUUGCUCAUAUUCAUGUCCACUGAGUCUGUUUUGCCAUCCAACCAUCACGUCCUCUGUCGUCCCCUUUUCCUCCUACCUUCAAUCUUCCCAGAAUCAGGGUCUUUUCCAACGAGUUGUCCCUUUGCAUCAGGUGGCCAAAGUAUUGGAGCUUCAGCUUCAGCAUCAGUCCUUCCAAUGAACAUUCAGGAUUAAUUUCCUUUAGGAUUGACUGGUUUGAUCUCCUUGCAAUCCGAGGGACUCUCAAGAGUCUUCUCCAACACCACAGUUCAAAAGCAUCAAUUUUUCCUCGGCUCUGAUGCCUACACUUACCCGCUGUCUGUUCCUCCCUUCCCUUUUCCCCUUACCUCUGCCAUCUGGACUCUAGCGCCCACAAACGCAGUUGACCACACCCUGAUCUGAACCGCCGAGUUUGGGGGAGCCACUUAUGCUCUUGUCCACCCAUCCCGUUUCCCGGCCAAAGAAUGAGUUCCUUCACAGCUUCAGAGCCUUCCGCAGUCGGCCCCGGCCUAGGAAGGUACUUUGCCCUUUCCGGCUUCUCCCUCCUGCCCCCUCGUGGAGGGAAGCUGGCAGAAGUACGCGCAACGCCCAGCGCCCAGCCGACAGCUCUGCGGCCCAAUUCAUAGUACUUUUCUUCCUCCCCAUCUUCCUCAGGACCUCAGAGCUUGCCUCGCGCUCCUCCCUCGCCCCGUCUCGGCCUCCUGUGCCUGGACCUCUCUUGGUUCUCCAUUUCUCAUUUGCCUGCCCGCCACCCCCGCCCCGAUUCCCCUUCCCCAUGAAUCCUUUC